AUGGCUAUUGAAGCAAUCAUUGGGCUUGCGGUUAGGAACCUACAUGAUGCAUGGAUAUAUUCUAAUUUUCCAAUUAGUCCAAUAGUGGAGACAACAUUCGGACAGGUCAUGGAGAAGCUCGUAGAUUCCCUAAAAAUCUUGGGAGGUACAGAGGCUGACAAAGGAAGUGAUCUGACAGUUGAUGACUGGAAGAUCAAGUUUCUGCAAGCUGUUUAUCUGGCAGACGAUGCCAUACACACCUUCCUUCUAAACACAAAUUUGCAGAGACAUAAAGUUUUCAUUAAGUUUCCUUUCUUGAGGUCAUCCAAGGUGCAAUUUCGUUUCAGCAACGAGAUGAAAAAAUGUUUGGAUCAGCUGACCGACUCGAUGCCCAUCGAGUUGCGCAAAAGAACUUCUGAUGAAAACCCUGAGCACAAUUUCAAAUGGUUGAUGCCCCACUAUGACAUUACCAUAAAAUAUUGUGAAGUUUUGGAUGAAAAACUGUUUGCAAAAGCAGUACUUGCAAACAGUUCUGGCAAGACAACUCUAGUGAAAAGAGUUUACAACCAUUCAGAGAUAAAGAAAAUUUUCCACAAUCGUGCCUGGGUUUGUGUUUCUCUAGAUUUUAAAGAGAAAAAUCUUUUAGUUCAAAUAUUGAAGCAGGUGACUGAGGUUAGAGAUGAAGAGAAAUUGCCACUCGAGAAAUUGCAGGAAAAGCUUCAUAAUUUAUUAAACACGCAGAGGUACUUAAUUGUCUUGGAUGAUGUCCAUACACCUGCUAUGUGGGAGAAACUCCAAGUGGUCUUUCCAAUCUCAUCAAAUGGUAGCAGGGUCAUCUUAACUAUCCGUGACCCUGAUAUAGCAACUCAUAUUGAUCCAGCCAUUCUUCUUCUCCGAGUACGUCCACUAACUGAGGACGAAAGUUGGAGUUUGUUUUUGAAAAAGGCCAGAACAGAGUUGAGUAAAGGAAUGGCUUCUCCACCCAUUCUAAUGUAUAGAAAAUGUACUGAAAACAAAAACACGCACAUAAAACAAAUUCAUCGCCAAACAGCACCUUUAUUGUUUCAAUUGACUUAA